AUGAUGUCGAAUCGUGCUUCCGCGAAGAGAUCGCGCCAGCGCCGUCAGGUGCGGCUGGAGGAGCUCGAAAUCCAGUCUGCGAAGCUCAAGAUGGAAAAUGCUGCAGUGCAGCGGCGGCUGACCGAGGCAACCGACAAGAUUCGUCGCUUCCAGGAGCAGAACCUGAAUCUGGAGCGCGAGCUUAAGCGGCUGCGGAAAGAGCUGAACGAUUGCAGUGGCGGAAGAAACGCGGGAGCGGCAGGGUCGACUCUGUCGCAAGGCAGCAAGCCGUCGUCUCCGGGGAAAGAGUCUGCUCUGUCGUCCCCGCUCACGGCUGUUACGGACGGGCUGACUGACGAAGACGCGAAGGGACUGGGAAAGCGGAAGAGAACGGAGGAGAACGGGACAGAUGUCAGUGAUUCUCCAUAUGAUUCUUCGGAUCCGGUCCUCCUUCCAGCCGUUAACGGUGUUGUGAAGGCUGAAUCGCUCUUUCUGAGUGAGCAGGGCGAUGUGGGUACGGACGGUGAGGAUGAGUCAGAUUGCCAGCUCUCUGACUCCACGGCGAUCACACCUGCUGAGGGAGCUGCAGCUGCGCUUCCUGCGGGUGAUGGCAAGGAAAACCCCAUUACCCCUGCAGGCGGGUAUCAGGUACCGCCAGUCAGGGUCUGGCGGGCACCAGACGCAUCACGACCGUCCAGUGAGUUCUUAGCAAGGGUUGUAGCAGGGAUCAGCUUCAGCAGCAUCACCCGAGCCUUUCAGCCUGUUGGAACAUUUCCAUACGCAGGCUCGUCAGGGCCUGUGGGGGAGGUCUUUUCCCAGCACGGACUCUCAGCAGCAGGGGCGUGGUCGCUGGUACAGCAGCGCAGUGCGACGAAGAAGGCCAUGGGGUCCACACAGAACGGCCGGGACUCGCAGCCCAAGCACCUGGGGGUGAAGAAGUCUGGCGGACAGGGAGUGGUGGCUGGCAACAUCAUUGUGAGGCAGCGAGGAACCCGCUUUUACCCUGGGGACUUUGUAGGCAUGGGGAGAGACCACACUCUCUUUGCUCUCAAGGAUGUUCGAGUGAGGUUUGAGACCCGAUUCACCCCUGCCGGUUUCCAGCGCAAGUUUGUCCAUGUGGAUCCGAGAGGAGGGACCGUCGGAGGGUCGUCCGUUGAUGGCGGGGCCGCUGCUGCUUGUGGCGAUGGCAUUUCCGCCAAAAAGGCGGCAAAUGCGGCGUCGAAUGCGGCGUCAAAUGCAGUGCCGUCAGCAAAAGCAGCACCUUCCGCGAAAAUGGGAUCUUCUUCAGCCGUUGGAUCUGCUUCCAAGGCGUCUUCUAAGGCUGUUGACGCAGACGAGGAUGUGUUUCACGCACGCGCCAUGGAGCUCAAGGCGGAGGGCAACCAGCAUUUCCAGGCGCGCGAGUAUGCAGUAGCCAUGGAGAGAUACGGAAAGGCCAUCAAGCUGCUGUCUGCCAGCCAUGCGGACAGAGCAAUAUUGCACAGCAACCGUGCGGCCUGUCUGCUGCAGAUGCGCCCAGUGGACUACGAGGGGGUGAGGGCGGAGUGUGACGUCAGUCUUUCUCUCAACCCGGGCUUCUGCCGUGCGCUGCUGCGCCGCGCCAAGGCGCUCGACGCGCUGGGGGAGAAGGAGAAGGCUGAAGCUGACGUGGACACGAUUUUAAAGACGGAACCCACCAAUCAGGACGCAUGGGAGCUAAAAAAACGGCUGCAGAAGCUGAAAGCCCCUCCUGCCAGCAAGCAGCCCUCCUCCGUCCCUCCCUCUGCCGCUGCUGCUGCUUCCACACCUCCAUCGCUCUCCACCACCCCACAACCCAUCCCCACCGCUCCCACCUCCUCUGCCACACCAUCCCCACCCGCCUCUGCUCCCGUCCCCGCCACUGCCAGCCAAGCAGAAACAGCAAAGCCUUCCCCUGAGAAGAAAGUCCCACCUUCCUCCUCUGCUCCUCCAACCGCGACCAAGGGACUAGGGUCUGUGUGCAUUCUCACCAGUCGCUCCCAGCUAGUCCCUUGCAUCCCCUCCUUGCUACAUUUUCCAGCAGCUGCACAGAAUCGUGGGCGCCUGCUUCCCCCUAUGUUGGGCAGUAGAACCCGUAUGCAUUCUCACGAGUUUCUCCCCUCCCAUGUGUGCGUCUGCGUGCCCCCUCUUCCCUCCACCCUUGCAUCCUCUCCUUGCUGCAGUUUCCAGCAGCUGCACAGAAUCGUGGGUGCCUGCUUCCCCCAUCUGAACGGCAAGCCGAUGCUGCUUCACUACCGUGACACUGAGGGCGACCUCAUUACAAUCACAUGCAAGGAAGACAUCACCACGGCACUCAGUAUCGGACGAACGGCAGCAGAAGCAGCAGCUGGAGGGGUAUCGUCACCAGUGGCAGUGGCAGCGGUGGCAGCGGCAGCAGCAGCAAGAGAAGCAGCCACGGCUGCAGCUGCUGCAGCAGCAGCGGCAGCAGACGCACAGGCUGCUCUUGCUGCUUCUCUGGGCGUUAGAUCUCUCGAAGCUGCUUCUCUGGGGAAAAAGGAAUCAGCGGUAGCUCCUCCCGUUGUUGCCAGUGCUGCUGUAGAGUCGAAAGCGGAACCGCAAACCAAAGAGAAGGAUCAGUCGAAGCAGGGGAAUGAUGAGGGGGAAUUGGAGCCAGAGAUGGAAGCAGAAUCAGCUGUCAAAGAGGCUAGUGAUUUGCCCUGUGAUGGCAGCAGCACUACAACAACUGCUACCGCCGCCACCAUAGCACCCGCCGAAGCCAUCACUAGCAGCAACAACACCACCACCAACAGCAGCGUCAGCAGCAUAAAUGUUAAGACAGUGCUGCGGCUGCAUGUGACGCCUCUCAGCCAAUCAGAGCAGGCGCAGGCGCCAGCUGUUCCUGCCGAUGAUGCUGACGUGGCAGAGGUGGAGUGGGAGGAGGUGGAGGAGGAAGGAGAGGAGGAGGUGGAGGUGGAAGAGGAGGAGGAGGUAGAGGAGGAAAUAGAGGUGCCUGCGAGUAAGGGGAAGGAGAAGGGAGAGGAUGGAGAGGAGGAAAAUGUUGGGGAAGCAGAAGAGGAGGGAGAGGAGGAAGGGGAGUGGGAAGAAGGGGAGGAGGGGGAAGAAGGGGAGGAGGAGGGGGAGGCACAACAGGAGGUGCUAGUUGAUUCGUGGAUAAUUCAGUUUGCCGACCUUUUCAGGGAGCGGCUGGGCAUUGAUUCGCUCGCCAGCUUUGACCUGGCGGAUGCUGACGUGGCGGCGGUUAAUAGGGCAUUGGAAGGGACGGUGGAGGCGGAGGAAGCUUCUGAGUUGCUGCAGCAGGCGGCUGCCAAGUUCCAGAGCAUGGCUGCAGUGGCGCAUCUGAAUUGGGGCAACACCUCACUCCCUUCUUUCUCUGCCCUUCUGCUCCCCUCCCCUCUCUUCCUUUUCGAGCAGGCUGCAGUGGCGCAUCUGAAUUGGGGCAACACCUACGUCUGGAUGGCUCGGCGCAGGCUCGGACUCAAACCUGCUCCUGAUACUGCCCAAACCACCACCGCUGCUGCCGCUGCUGCUACUGCUACUGCUACUGCUGCUGCCACCAACACAGACAAGGAUGGUGCAGAAGCGGGGAAAAGUGGCAUAGAAUCAGGCAAGGGGGGUGACGAAGCAGAGACGGGGGGAGCGGAUGCAGAGAAGGGAGGCAUGGAGGCGGACAAGGGGAAGGCGGAGAAGGAGAAGGAGGCGUUGAGAGAGAUCAGAGGGGAUCCAGAGAGGCGAGCAGCCAAGCUGGGGGAGGUGGAGGCGGCUCGGGAGGUGCUGGAGCAGGCUCGGGAGAAGUACGAGGCUGCUCUGACGGUGCAGCCGAAUCUGCCAGAUGCGCUGCUGGCGCUGGGGCAGUGCUUUGUUGAGAUGGCACGAGCACAGGAGUUCCUGGCAGUGCUGGAAGGGGAGGAGGGCGGGGAGAGGGACGAGGGAGAGAAGGGGGAGAAGGAUGAGAAGCAGGAGAACGGAGAGGGAGAGAAGGGGAGUGAGGGGGGAGAGGGGAAGAAGCGUAUGAAAGGAGUGCUGGAGUGUUUGGCUCAAGCAGAAGAGAGUUUCACCGCUGCUGCCAAGGCAUGUGACACGAUCGAGCAGGAUCAUUUGAAGCAGCACGAGGCAGCAGCAGCAACAGCAGGAGAAGCAGAGGAGGAAGGGGACCCUUCUGAGGAAUACCCUGGUGCCAAGCAUGGCCACCCAGGGCACAAGCACGGGCCUGGAUGCAAUCAUGACCAUGGGCAUGAGCACACGCACAAGCAUGGGCCUGGAUGUAAUCAUGACCAUGAGCAUGCAGAUCCAGAUGCAUUCCUUGCUGACGUGGCGGCGUUCCGGCAGAACGUCAACCUCCAGCUGGCCAACUGCGUGUUUGACAAGUCGCAGGUCCAGUUCAAGCUGUCAGAUGCGGGAUGGGAAUCGUCUCUCAAGGCGGCUGUAGCAGCGUUCAAGGGCGUGGGAGUGUCAGAAGAGGAGUUGCAGCGUGUGCUUGCCACACACGCCUCUUCGCAGCCAGCGAGUUCAUCUCCGCAGGCUUAG